CACCGCCCCCAGGAGCGAAGGGAGGGGUGGCGGAGCUAGGGGGGUGCCCAGCUGCCAUCCCCGCCGUCUCCUGGCCCCCACUCUCUGGCACCCAAGUAGGAGGGCGGCAGCUGCCCGCUCCCUCCUCCCACACCCCCGCUACCUGCCCAGUCCCCGAAGCGAAGCGUGAGGAGGCUGCGAGCCAGUCGGGCGAGCCCACAACUUUGCAGCCUCGGGGAAGACCAGGGUUGACGUCCGGGGCUCCUCCUGUCGCGACUAGAGCUCGGAAUGUGAUCGAGGAUGCUGGCCUUGCGGCUGCUCAACGUAGUGGCCCCCGCCUACUUUCUUUGCAUUUCCCUGGUGACCUUCGUACUGCAGCUCUUCCUCUUCCUGCCCAGCAUGCGUGAGGACCCCACAGCCACCCCUCUCUUCUCGCCUGCUGUGCUUCAUGGGGCGCUCUUCCUGUUCCUCUCAGCCAAUGCCCUGGGCAAUUACGUCCUGGUCAUCCAGAACUCCCCAGACGACCUGGGUGCCUGCCAGGGGACCAUGUUCCAGAGACCUCAGUGCCCACCGCCCAGCACCCACUUCUGCCGAGUGUGCUCCCGAGUCACGCUGAGGCACGACCAUCACUGUUUCUUCACCGGCAACUGCAUCGGCAGCAGAAACAUGCGCAACUUCAUCCUGUUCUGCCUCUACACCUCGCUGGCCUGCCUUUACUCCAUGGUGGCUGGAGUGGCCUACAUCUCAGCUGUCCUUUCCAUCUCCUUCGCCCACCCCCUGGCCUUCCUUACGCUCCUGCCCACUUCAAUCAGCCAGUUCUUCUCCGGAGCUGUCCUCGGUUCUGACAUGUUCGUCAUCCUCAUGCUCUACCUCUGGUUUGCUGUUGGCCUGGCCUGCGCCGGUUUCUGCUGCCACCAACUGCUGUUGAUCCUCCGGGGGCAAACCCGCUACCAGGUUCGAAAGGGGAUGGCUGUAAGAGCCCGACCCUGGCGCAAGAACUUACAGGAGGUCUUCGGAAAGAGGUGGCUGCUUGGCUUGCUGGUCCCCAUGUUCAAUGUCGGCACCGAGAGCUCGAAGCAGCAGGACAAAUAGCUGGCAGGCACUUCUGCCGUUUCUGUCUCAGUUUCUCCUGACCACACAGCACCCUUGUCUUCACCUGUGACACACCACACCCUCCCCUAGGAGGAGCCUCAUAUCCACCCCAGGUCUUCAAUCCUCAGAGGAUAUAUUAACAGGUGCAUCCUGACAUGGAAGGGAAGUGGCUACCUGGGCACCACUAGGCUGCUCCAGGUCCAGCCAGGUAGGGAGCUUCUAAAUCGUUAAGGUGUUUCUACUUCAAGUUUUUUGGUUUUUGGUUUUUCUGGGAAGCCCUUCUCUGCCCCCUCCUGGCCUUUCCACUCCUGUGUCUCAAGUCAUUGCUGCUUUUGCUAAAGUCCUUCUCUUUGUGUUGAUAGUGGAGACUGCAUUCUUGCUGCUAGCAGGAGAUUCCACAGAACCGAGAGGCUGGUAAAUGGUAGCUACCAUGAAAGAGAAGCAGUCAAGUGAGAUUUGCCAACUGCUAGUGAGAAUGGGAAGGGGUGAAGAUCCACCCUCAUCCACUGUGAGGGAUAGUCAAUAGUAUUUGUGUUGGGGGGGGGGGCACAGGCACUUGCUGCUCUGCCCAAGUACAAGGCCUUUCCCCUAGAGACAGCAAUAAAUGGCCUGAUGUUCUUCAAUGCUGUUCUCUGUCCAACCUGCCCCAUCUAGCCAGCCCAGCCCAGCCCAGGAGUUAGCUGAAUAGUUCUUUUCUCUGGAAUUUCUCUGGCUUUUCCCGUUGGUCUCCAGCCUUCAGAUUUUUUUGCUAGCUAUUGAGAAGGGAAGAAGGGAGAGACAAGAGGGAGUUACUUACCCGUAAGUAAUAAGAGAAGUGUGCUUCUUAUAUAGCCUUAUAUAAUCGUGUGUGUGUGUGUGUGUGUGUGUGUGUGUGUGUGUGCGCGUGUGCGCGCGUGUGUGCGUGUGCAUGUGUGUGUGUGUGUAUGUAAGAGGGGGCGGAGGUGAGGAGUGUUGUUAUGAGCACAGAGAGAGAGUGAGUAUUGGAGGGGAAGGAGAGAGAGGCAAAUGGGUUAACUCUUUUGCAGCCAAAGCCAGCCAGUGAUUGAAUGUUACCUGGACUGAGUGCUGGCCCCUGGAGGUAUUUUGACAGGAUCUAGGCAGUUAUCUACAAGAAGAGAUUUUUUUUGUUCUACUUUGUUCUAGAUGAACUUAGAGAUCCCUUUCCACUCCUUGAUUCCAGUGUCUUCUUUGAUACUGCUGGUGCCAGAGACAAGGUCUUUAGAAACUAGAUCUUGGGCUGGAGAGAUGGCUCAGUGGUUAAGAGCAUUAACUGCUCUUCCAGAGGUCCUGAGUUCAAUUCCC